UCGGUCGGGUGGGCGGGCCCCACCAGUCCGUUAUCCGUUCCUCUGUCCGAAUCCGACACGCCCGCCCGCACGCACGCACGCACUCGGACGAUCGUGCCCCGCUCGUGCGCGGGGAAGGGUCCGGUCCCAACGAUCUUUCCGAAGGAGAAGGAGAGGGGGAGAGAGUGCGGAGGACGACGAACCAAAACUGAGACGAGCACUUCCUCAGCUGAAGAACCGAUCGUCCUUCUUUGCUUUCACACUCUUCUCUCUCUUUCUCUCUCUCCAUGAUCAUUCUCUUUUUCUGAUUUCGAUUCUUUCCGGGUUGUCGUCAAAAGUCGUCGAAAACAUCACGGAAGCAAGAAAAUGUCUGCGCCAGCUCCGGCCGGCCCGCCUCCGCCGCCGGCCAACUCCACCGCCUCUCAUCCCUCCACCCCUCCCUCCCCUUCACCCGCCGCGCCUCGGCCGUCCAGCCCUCCUCCUCCUCCGCCAACCACCCCUCCUUCUCUGCCCCCCACACCGCCUCCGCCUGUGCUCUCUCCUCCUCCUCCACCGCCGCCAACGACGACCCCUUCUCCGCCUCCCCCCAAGACACCGACCCCGACGCCGCCCGCCCCCGCCUGGCCUCCUGGCACGCCGCCCGUUCGCUCCCCUCCUCCGCCCACGACACCGACCCCGACGCCCCCUGCCCCCGCCCCCCCUCCGGGCACGCCGCCCGUUCCUUCUCCUCCUCCGCCUCCGCCUCCGCCUACUUCUCCUUCAGAGGCCCCUCCAGCUCCCGCGACUGGCGGCUCCCAGCCGCCUCCUUCUCCUCCGAGCACAGCAGGUAGGCCCCUGCCGCCCCCGCCCAGUACACCUGCAGCCUCUUCUCCACCGCCCCCCUCGUUGUCGUCGUCCUCCUCACCGAGUUCCUUGCCAACUGGUCUGGUGGUGGGGAUUGCGAUUGGCGGGGUGGCAGUGCUCGCUGUGUUGGCUUUGGUCGUCUUGAUUUGUAGGAAGAAGAGGAGGAGAGACCCUGGUGCUGUUCAUUUCCCGCCAGGGGCUAAAGAUGAACCUUCUGGCAGUACGCCACGGCAUUGGCAACAGAAUGUGCCGCCACCCACCACUCCGCCCGCAUUUGACUCGCGUCCACCACAUUCACCAGUCAGCGGCACAGUGCCGCCACCAUUCACGAGCGGCAGUGGGGGUUCAGGCUCCAAUUCAGGCCCCAAACAUCCAUAUCCUUCUCCAUCGCCGGGCAUUGGAUUGAAUUUCUCCAAGAGCAAAUUCACGUACGAGGAGUUAAGGAUGGCCACAAAUGGAUUCUCGGACGAGAACCUUCUUGGACACGGAGGUUUCGGUUAUGUGCACAAAGGAGUCCUUCCAAAUGGGAAGGAGGUUGCAGUGAAGCAGCUUAAAGCUGGGAGCGGCCAAGGAGAGCGCGAGUUCCAGGCUGAGGUGGAAAUAAUCAGCCGAGUACAUCACAAGCACUUGGUUUCCUUGGUUGGAUACUGCAUAACGGGGUCUGAGAGAUUGCUCGUUUACGAGUUUCUCCCGAACAACACCUUGCAGUUCCAUUUGCAUGGCGAAGACAGACCAACCAUGGAUUGGACGACAAGACUGAGAAUCGCUUUGGCAUCUGCCAAGGGACUUGCCUAUCUUCAUGAGGACUGUCAUCCUAGGAUCAUUCAUCGCGAUAUCAAGGCAGCUAACAUCUUGCUGGAUUUCAAAUUUGAGGCUAAGGUUGCUGAUUUUGGACUUGCGAAGUUCUCUUCAGAUGUCCACACACACAUUUCUACAAGAGUGAUGGGAACAUUUGGCUAUCUUGCUCCUGAAUAUGCAUCGAGUGGAAAACUCACAGAUAAAUCAGAUGUCUUCUCCUUUGGAGUGAUGCUUUUGGAGCUGAUCACGGGACACAAACCGGUGGACACAACUACCGACAUGCACGAGAGCCUGGUUGACUGGGCAAGGCCCCAGUUGCCACGAGCUCUGGAUGAUGAAAACUUCGACUCUUUGGUAGAUCCACGGCUGCAACAUAACUACAACCAUGAUGAGAUGGCUAGUAUGGUUUCGUGCGCAGCCGCUUGUAUACGUCAUUCAGCACGCCGUCGACCGAGAAUGAGCCAGAUUGUCCGUGCUUUAGAAGGCGAGAUGUCCUUAUCAGAUCUUGAUGAGGGGGUCAGGCCCGGACAAAGCACUCUCUACGGCUCGCACGCAAGCUCGGAAGACUUGAGGAAGAUCAGAAAGAUGGCAUUCGGGAACCAAGACUACUUAAGCACUGAAUAUGGUGAAUCAACAGGCGAACACAGCGCUUACCGAUCAGGUUCGAGUGGCCAAGCCCACUCCUCCAGAGAAACGGAGAUGCGAAGGUUGAAGCCGAACACCGAAGGAUUCAGUGGAGGCUCUUGACAGAAUAUUUUACACUCAGCUAUAAGCUUUGUGCACUUCAUCUUUCGGGGCGCUAACUCGAGCUAGAUGGCGAGCAAGAGGCAUGCGACAGAGUCUGCAAAGAUGCCUUUGUUCCAUGGGCUAACACGAUUUUUUUCUCCUUGUGCUUUCGAAUUUGUUAUUUUCGGUUUCUUGACCUUGUAAAUGAGGGUAACCACACAGAAAAGCGAUGCCGGAGCUCAGCAAAUUCUUUGAGCUGUUCUCUGCACUGAUUGUUCUUGUAAAAUCUGUCCAACCUCGAUACAAAGUCCUCAGUUUUGGUUAUCUUGUACGUAAACUGACAGUUUGCCUAGCUUUUCCGUCGAUCGAGAAAGAGAUAUAGAAGUGUUUCAACGCAUAAUUACUUCAUUUCCGUGAGCUGGUUGAAUGAGCAGAUUCAUGCCCCGUCCAUCGUUAGAGUCUGAAAUUUACAGGUGAAAUUGAAGACCUUGUUCGCCAUUCCUGGGACUAAA